AUGGCGGACAGCAGACGCGUGUUCGUGCAGCUGGCGGGUGUGCGUGGGUCGCGCGUGGAGGUGGGCGCGGCCGUCAUGGCGUUCGUGCUGCCCACGGACUCGUGGCUCUCGGUCGUCAACGAGUUCCUCAUGAGCUGCAAUGACGACGACAUGGAGGUGGAGCAGCGCCCGCCGGGGCUGCUGGAGGGCUGCGUCGUGCUGCACGCGGCCACGCUGGAGCAGGUCUCGGACCCGGCCAGCUGCGAGGACAGCAAGCAGUACAUCCUGUGCAUGAACGCGGACGACGCCGUGCGGCUGCAGAGGCAAAAGUUCGGUGACAGCAGCGCCAGCAGCGUCACGGGGCCCAGCGACGCCGACGCACUCGCCCGAGGCAGCAUCGCGCUCACAGACCAGCUCGAGUCGCUGGAGGAGCUGGACUACUACUUCGACGACGCGGGCACGCUGCGUCACUGCCGCACGAACCAGGCCGUCUACGAGCUCAUGAGCGACGAGCGGCGCGCGGGCGAGCUGGACGAUAUCGUGAAGGCCGCCAUCUUCCACAUCCAGAUGGAGAUGCUGGCCGAGUUGGCGUUCAAGCAGGCGCGCGUCCCGCUGGAUCUGCGACCGGACGAGCCGAAGGAUGCUCGCUCCAGUAUAUUCCUGACAUCGGACUGGCGCAGCAACGCCAACUUGCUGGUGGUCGUGAACGGCGGUCGCGGAGCGCAGCCUGGUAUUUGGAGUCGAGAUCUGCUGAUUCAGGAAGGGCUGGAGCUCGGUUCGAUGCUGCCGGUGAUGCGUCGCGCUACUGCAACCAACUUUGCCGUGGCCGUGCUGAAUCCAUCGACCAACAAUGUGACCAUCGGGAACGACACAUUCCCCAUCCGCGGCAACUCGUCCCCGGACGAGCACAUGUUGUAUGUGUGGGAUAACAUUAUCUCUCGCGCACAGGCUCGCAACGUGUACUUUUUGGCGUACUCCUUCGGUGCCAAGUCGGUGCUGACGCUCAUCCAGAAGCGCGAGGAACAAGUUGUCAAGCGCGUGAAUGCGCUUGUGUUUGCCGAGGGCGCGUACCGCUUGGACCCGUCAACCACGUCUCCUACUGUGGCUCAGUUCUUGAAGCAGCGCGCGAUCAACUUCAAGGGCGACGCUCAGAUCUCGGCGGGUGGACAUAUCCCGGCCGAAGAGGAAAAACUUUCGUGCAGUUGUUUAUCUGUUGGAGACCUUACAGCAUCAGGGGAUGGUAAGAUGCCCCCAGCUUCUGCAUCGGCGCUCUCAAAGCGUAACAGUAGCAACAAGGCGCGCACUAUCAGCCUCUCGCUGGAGACGACGUUCACGUACUUCGUCGCUGCGCGUGAUCGUGGCUGCGGUGCGGCGCAGUUUAUUACGGAGUCAGAAGCCAAGACUCGAUCGUGGCUCGGAAACGUCAUCCGCCAUCGUCUGGACUCGUUGAAGCCUCGAAAACAGAGUCGCCGACUCAGUACGGCGAUGGGUGCGAACGCGAGUGAGUCUCCGCACCACAGGAAAACUGCUCGCCGAUCGUCAUUGGACACCGACGCGAGUUCUUCUUCAGCAAUGCGCGCGUCGAUUGCUAGCAGUCGCAGCAGCAACUCCAGCCACCACUCUCACGGCGUUUCUGUAAGUGACUUUGACUUGAUUAAGGUGAUCGGCAAGGGGUCCAUCGGGAAGGUUUUCCUCGUCCGCAAGAAGGACACGCAUGUUGUGUACGCUAUGAAGGUGCUUCGCAAGAAGAACGUGGUUCGUCACGGAUUGGAAGAGCACAUCAAGACGGAGCGGCUCAUUCUCGAAGAGAUUGACCACCCUUUCAUCGCGCGGUUGCGCUACUCGUUCCAGACUAAGGACAAGCUUUAUCUCGUGACUGACUAUUGCUCUGGCGGAGAACUCUUCCACCACAUGUCGGAUGAUGGCUUCUCGUACGAUUUAUCUCGGUUCUACGCGGCUGAAUUGGUGCUGGGACUGGAGCAUCUUCACCGGCUGAAGGUGGCGUAUCGCGAUCUCAAGCCGGAAAACAUUCUAGUCGAAGCCUCUGGCCACCUGCGCAUUACAGAUUUUGGACUGUCGAAGCUCAACGUGGUUUCGGACAAGGGCGCGCAGACGCUUGUGGGUAGCCCCGAGUAUCUGGCCCCCGAGGUGUACAAUAUGCAGAAAUACGGAUACGCGGUCGACUGGUGGUCGCUCGGCGUGUUCCUCUACGAGAUGCUCACCGGCACGCAUCCAUUCUUCGACGACAACCGCGAAAUUAUGGUGAAGAAGAUCAUGACUCCUGGCUCCGUGGGCACGAUGAUGCCUGCUGAGAUGCCCCCCGAGGCCGCGUCGCUGAUCUGCGGGCUGCUCACGUUCAACCCGACGGAGCGCCUCGGCUCGCGCGGCGCGCAAGAGCUGCGUGACCACCCGUUCUUUGCCGGUGUCUCCUGGGACGCGCUGAUGCGGCGUGAGGUGACGCCGCCGUGGCACCCGGUGGUGCAGGACGAGCUCGACGUGGGCAACUUCGACGCCGAGUUUACGUCCGAGCCCGUGGUGGACAGCGUGUGCACGCACCAGUCCAUGGUGCUGAGCUCCACGUUCGCCGACUUUACAUUCAACCCGAGCAUCUCGGACUCGAUGCGGAAGCGAUAAAGCUUAGAAGUAAGAUGAUAAGCUCCCAGGCCUGCGCGUUUUGCUUGCAUUGUAGACAUCAUUCCCUCUGGAAAUGCACUCGGCUACCUGUGCC